CUGUUUUUUUAGGAAGUCCUCAGCCCCACCCCCAAUGCCCAGCGCCUGGCGCACAGGAAGGAGUAAAAGCAGCAUUGUCCUCAGGCGGGCACUUGCUCAGUCUCAUGAUCUCCGCCCUCUCACAGGUGGUGCCUUGUCCCCCGAUGGCGAUGGCCGCGGUCGCCCUCCUGCCAUGCCCGAUGUCCCGGCUGGACUUCCUCAAGGCCUCGCACUUUGCACUAGGGCCGGAUCCGCGGCUGCACCUGGACGCCAUGCAACCCACGUCGCACCGGGACUUCCCGGCCUACCCGGGCGUCACCCGCGCGCUGUCGUGCCAGGAGCCGCCCGUCAGGUCCUUCUUCCGACAGGACACGCGCGCCGCAGGCGCGCAGCUCCAGUCGGAGGCGCACCGCGCGUUCGCGCCCCCGGCGCCGCAGCCGUCCGCGCCGUGGGGGACGCGGGAGCGCACCCUCGCCACGCCGGCCACCAACUUGAGCGUGUACGCGCCCGCGCGCUCCCGCACCGGCCUCUCCACCGCGCGCGCGGACUUUGGCUGGCCGGAGCUGCCGGCGCGCGCCAGAGAGCAGAUCCGCGGCGCGCGCCUCAUCUUCGACCGCGACUCGGUGCCUCCCGGCGACCGAGCCAAGCUGCGCAUCCCGCCCACCACCUACCGGGCGCUUUUCCCGCCCCACGACGCGUGCCCGCGGCCCCGCAGCCACUUCGGGGGCAGCAACACACUCCAGUGGGACCACAGGAGACAGGACGAUGGGACCUCCUACCAGAGACAGUUUCAGGCCCUGCCAGGCCCACCUGCCUCGAUGUGUAAGAGGGCCUCCUCCAGUGUGGAGCUGGGAGACUCCAAGAUUGGCUAUGGGCCCGUGUGCUCUGAGCAGAAACAAGCCUACGGGCCCCAGGGUCUGCCCCCAGACAGGUAUGACAAGGCCCAGGCCUCGGCCCACAUCCACUAUGUGAAUAUUCGUCCUGGAGAUGGGCUCUUCCGUGACAGGACCACCGAGGCUGAACACUUCUACCCCCGAGAGCCAGAGCGUUUUGUUCUUCACCACGACCAGACUCCGGCAUCGCACAUCCUGGAAGGAAAUUGGUGCCCCGGCCCGGGCAGCCUCACCACCUCCGUGCACUUCUUCCACGGCCAGCCACUGUCCGUGAACAAGCCACCCAGCUGCCACGUGCCUCACGAGAAACUGCAGAGUCACGUGGGCCUAGGGGAGUCCUCGCUGCUCGGACAGUUCUUCCAGACCUCCACUGGCACAGACUACUGCUCCCCGGGCAGCAUCCAGAAGCCGCAGAGAGCGCCCACUCUCCACUUGCUGCCUAGCAACCUGCCCCAGGGCACCGGCGAAACAGAUUUUUUAACCAUGAACCAGAAGAUGCUGAAGCCGCAUAGAACAGCUCCCGCCUCCGUGACUGACGAGAUGCUACAGCGGUGCAAGUAUAACCACAUUGAGCCCCCGCUGGGUGGACAACGCUUCUUCUCAACCCAAUACGAGGAUGAGUUUGCCUUCAAGUUCCAGGGCCCAGCGGUGCUGAGAUCGGCCAACCUCCAGGACAGCCAUGUGCCUCUGGGCUCCCCCCGCCAGUGGGUCUGUGGGGCUGGGAAGGUAGACCCUCAGACCCCCCAGCCCCCUACUUACCCAUGCCCUAGCCAGCAAUAA